ACCCGCCCUGCCCGACCCGCCGACCCGCUCGCCCGCCCGCCCGGGAAGAUGCGGCUGCUCCCGGAAUGGCUCCUCUUGCUCUUUGGUCCGUGGCUCCUUAGGAAGGCGGCGGGCGGCCAGAUCGCCGAGUCCGGAAGGCCGCAGUAUCUGGAACUGCGACCCGCCGUGGUGGCCGGAGGGGGCGCCCGCAGCCAAGAGCUCCCGGCGCCCGGGUCUUCCGAGGGCCUGGGCACGGCGCGCUCCUGGAGCUGGGCCUGGCCCUCUAACCACACCGGGGCGCUGGCCAAGCCGGGACCCGCGCCGCCGCGCACCAAGAGGAAGCCGUCCAUCAAAGCGGCCCGCGCCAAGAAGAUCUUCGGCUGGGGGGACUUCUACUUCCGCGUGCACACCCUCAAGUUCUCGCUGCUGGUGACGGGCAAGAUCGUGGACCACGUGAACGGCACCUUCAGCGUCUACUUCCGCCACAAUUCGUCCAGCUUGGGUAACCUGAGCGUCAGCAUCGUGCCGCCUUCCAAGCGGGUGGAGUUCGGGGGCGUCUGGCUGCCCGGGCCCGCCCCCCACCCUCUGCAAUCCACGCUGGCCCUGGAAGGGGUGCUCCCCGGACUGGGGCCCCCUCUGGGGGUGGCGGGGCAGGGGCUGGGGGGCCACCACCUGGGGGGCGCCCUGGCCGGGCCCCUCGGGGGCGCGCUGGGCGUGCCGGGGGCCAAGGAGUCGCGCGCCUUUAACUGCCACGUGGAGUACGAGAAGACCAACCGCGCCCGCAAGCACCGGCCGUGCCUGUACGACCCGUCACAAGUGUGCUUCACCGAGCACACGCAGAGCCAGGCCGCCUGGCUCUGCGCCAAGCCCUUCAAAGUCAUCUGCAUCUUCGUCUCCUUCCUCAGUUUUGACUACAAACUGGUGCAGAAGGUGUGCCCAGACUAUAACUUCCAGAGCGAGCACCCCUACUUUGGAUAGCGCCCCUGCCUGUCCUGAGCGCCCCCCGCCCCGAGCUUCCCCACCAGGCUGCAGCCUCCCGAGGUGGGACCCUUCCCUGUACACACUCACACCCCGUGUCCCUGUGACUGCCCCCCCCGCCGCCCCCCACUUCUCCCACUGUGGGUCCGGUGGAGGAAAACAGCCUUUCCCCGGGACCGCUGGCCAGCGCGGGUCUCCACUCCCUUUUGGCCCCCGAGGGUCCCCGAGGCUGGGGUCGUCUAAACCCGAGGGGCCGGAGCACAGCCCCAGAGUGGGCGGGGCCUGGAGGCCCGCUUGGGGUCCCCCCUUUGCGCCCACCCUGCGGUUUAGCGACGCCUGGCCCGGCCCCCCUUUCUUACCCCGUCCGCCCCGCCAGACUGUCAAAGUCUCCACGCCCAUCUCGUCCCUUCCCUCCCUGCGCGCCCUACGUCGGUCCCCCUUCUCCCUCCAAACCUCAGUGAAGCAAAAAAAACAACCCUGAGCAGGGGGUCCCUGCCUGGCCCCGCGCUCUGCCCCCCACUCCCUCCCUCCCCGGCUCGCCCGCCCGCAGUCCGGCUCCACCUGCCCUCUCUGGCCGCUUCCUCUCGGUGAUAUAUUUUUUUUUUUCUUUUUUCUACGCCAAAACAGACGGGAAAGGGAACAAAAUAAAGCGAAAU